CCACGAUAGAGUAGAGAGAGACUCAUUAUAUAUAUGUGGAGAGAGUGAGAAAGAGGGAGACUUGCAUAGAAUACAGAUACAGAGAGAGAAAGUGAGGAGAGAGAGAGAGACCAUUUCUUCCUCGAGCUUGUCGUUUGGCUCUUCCAUCUUCUCUGUGCUGGGUCUCUCUUCAAUCGAUCUCUUGUUCGUUUUCAAGGUGCUCUGGGUUUGAAGACGGCAAAGUUACAAUGUCUUCUCUCAGUAGAGAGCUUGUGUUCUUGAUCUUACAGUUUCUAGAUGAGGAAAAGUUUAAAGAAACUGUUCACAAGCUUGAACAAGAAUCUGGGUUUUUCUUUAACAUGAAAUACUUUGAGGAUGAAGUGCAUGGUGGGAAUUGGGAUGAGGUUGAAAGAUACCUCUCUGGCUUCACAAAAGUGGACGACAAUCGCUAUUCAAUGAAGAUAUUUUUUGAGAUAAGGAAGCAGAAAUAUCUUGAGGCAUUGGAUAAGCAUGAUCGCUCCAAGGCUGUAGAUAUUCUUGUAAAGGAUCUAAAAGUGUUUGCAUCAUUUAACGAAGAGCUUUUUAAGGAGAUAACUCAGCUAUUGACAUUGGAGAAUUUCAGGGAGAAUGAACAGCUGUCCAAAUAUGGAGAUACUAAAUCUGCUAGAUCAAUAAUGUUGGUUGAGCUCAAGAAGCUUAUUGAAGCAAACCCGUUGUUCCGUGACAAAUUGCAGUUUCCUAACCUUAAAAAUUCAAGGUUACGGACUCUCAUUAACCAAAGCUUAAAUUGGCAGCAUCAACUUUGUAAAAACCCAAGGUCAAAUCCAGAUAUCAAAACCCUUUUUGUGGAUCAUUCAUGUGGACAACCAAAUGGUGCACGUGCUCCAUCACCUGCAAACAACCCUCUUCUUGGAUCUUUACCCAAAGCUGGAGGUUUCCCUCCUCUUGGUGCACAUGGGCCCUUCCAACCUACACCAGCUCCAGUUCCAACUCCUCUCGCCGGUUGGAUGUCUAAUCCGCCUACAGGAACUCAUCCGGCUGUUUCUGGUGGUCCUAUUGGUCUUGGUGCUCCAUCCAUUCCAACUGCUUUGAAGCAUUCAAGGACUCCACCAACAAACCCUUCUGUUGAUUAUCCAUCUGCAGAAUCUGAUCAUGUGACCAAAAGGACAAGGACCUUGGGAAUAUCUGAUGAGGUAAGUCUGCCUAUUAAUGUGUUGCCUGUAUCAUUCCCGGUGCAUGGUCAUAGUCAAGCUUUCAGUGCACCUGACGACUUGCCCAAGUUUGUUGCACGAACGUUGAAUCAGGGAUCAUCUCCUAUGAGCAUGGAUUUUCAUCCUGUUCAACAAACACUACUUCUAGUUGGUACCAAUGUGGGUGACAUUGGAUUGUGGGAAGUUGGAUCCAGGGAGAGAUUGGUUCUUAAAAACUUCAAAGUUUGGGAGCUUGGUGCUUGUUCAAUGUCUCUGCAGGCUUCUCUAGUUAAAGAUCCCGGUGUCUCAGUUAACCGUGUAAUUUGGAGCCCUGAUGGCAAUUUAUUUGGAGUUGCAUAUUCAAGGCACAUUGUACAAAUAUAUUCUUACCCUGGGGGUGAUGAAGUACGGCAGCAUUUAGAGAUUGAUGCUCAUGUUGGUGGAGUAAAUGAUCUUGCAUUCUCUCACCCAAAUAAGCAGCUUUGUGUAAUAACCUGUGGGGAUGACAAGACCAUCAAGGUUUGGGAUGCAACAAAUGGUGCAAAACAAUACACUUUUGACGGUCAUGAGGCUCCAGUCUAUUCUGUCUGCCCUCACUUCAAGGAAAACAUUCAGUUCAUAUUUUCAACAGCUCUAGAUGGAAAGAUAAAGGCAUGGUUAUAUGACAAUUUGGGAUCUCGAGUUGAUUAUGAUGCUCCAGGUCGGUAUUGCACAACAAUGGCUUACAGUGCUGAUGGAACAAGGCUUUUCUCAUGUGGGACCAGCAAAGAUGGGGAGUCGCACAUUGUUGAAUGGAAUGAAAGUGAAGGGGCUGUGAAAAGGACCUAUCAGGGGUUCCGAAAGCGAUCAUCGGGUGUGGUGCAAUUUGAUACAACCAAAAACCGAUUUUUAGCUGCUGGUGAUGAUUUCUCCAUUAAAUUUUGGGAUAUGGACAAUGUCCAACUUUUGACAAGUAUCGAUGCCGAUGGUGGUCUUCCAGCAAGUCCGCGUAUCCGCUUCAACAAGAAUGGCACUAUGUUGGCUGUUUCUGCUAAUGAAAAUGGGAUCAAAAUUCUUGCAAAUUCUGAUGGUCUUCGUUUGCUACGCCCAUAUGAAAAUCUUUCUUAUGAUGCUUCCAGAGCAUCUGAAGCUGCGACUAAGCCUACAAUAAAUCCACUAUCUGCAGCAGCAGCUGCUGCUGCUGCUAGUAGUGCUGGACUUGCGGACAGGGCUGCCACUGUUGUAGCUAUCCCUGGAAUGAAUGGGGAUGCUAGAAAUCUGGUUGAUGUGAAACCUCGAAUAACUGAAGAAAGCAAUGACAAAUCGAAGAUCUGGAAGCUUACUGAAAUCAGCGAAUCUUCUCAGUGCCGAUCAUUGAAGCUCCCUGAAAACUUAAGGGUAACCAAGAUAUCACGGUUGAUAUAUACAAAUUCAGGUAAUGCUAUUUUGGCAUUAGCGUCAAAUGCCAUUCAUCUUCUUUGGAAAUGGCAGCGAAGUGAACGUAAUUCAAGUGGCAAGGCUACAGCCAGUGUUUCACCUCAAUUAUGGCAACCCUCGAGUGGUAUUUUAAUGACCAAUGAUGUGUCUGACACCAAUCCUGAGGAGGCUGUUCCCUGCUUUGCUUUGUCAAAAAAUGAUUCAUAUGUAAUGUCAGCAUCAGGAGGAAAGAUCUCCCUGUUCAAUAUGAUGACGUUUAAGACAAUGACCACCUUCAUGCCUCCGCCACCUGCUGCAACCUUUCUUGCAUUCCACCCUCAAGAUAACAACAUCAUUGCCAUUGGCAUGGAUGAUUCCACAAUUCAAAUCUAUAAUGUCCGUGUGGAUGAGGUGAAAAGCAAGCUCAAAGGGCAUUCCAAAAGAAUUACUGGCCUUGCCUUUUCUCAUGCACUGAAUGUGCUAGUUUCAUCUGGUGCAGAUGCUCAGCUUUGUGUGUGGAACUCUGAUGGAUGGGAAAAGCAAAAGGCCAGAUUCUUGCAGCUUCCAGUUGGGAGAACACCAACUGCACAGUCGGACACCCGAGUUCAGUUUCAUCAGGACCAGAUUCAUUUCCUGGUUGUACAUGAGACACAGCUAGCCAUAUAUGAAGCGACAAAAUUAGAAUGUGUAAAGCAGUGGGUUCCACGUGAUAAUGCUGCCCCAAUUUCUCAUGCAACAUUUUCAUGCGAUAGCCAGCUGGUAUAUGCUUGCUUCUUGGAUUCAACUGUUUGUGUAUAUACAGCUGCUUAUCUCCGUCUCCGAUGUCGCAUCAGUCCUGCUGCUUAUCUAUCACCUAGUGUCAGCAAUUCAAAUGUUCAACCCCUUGUGAUCACCGCCCAUCCGCAAGAACCCAAUCAGUUUGCAUUAGGAUUGUCAGAUGGUGGAGUUCAUGUCUUUGAGCCCCUAGAAUCCGAAGGCAAAUGGGGGGUACCACCGCCAGUUGAAAAUGGGUCAGCAAGCACUGUUGCAGCCGCACCUUCAGUUGGAGCUUCAGGCUCAGAUCAAGCCCAGAGAUGAUAAACUGCCAGAGCACGAGUUCUUUUACAUGCUUUGCUUGCUGGCUCAUUCCUAAUUCUGCACCAAGGUUAUGUCGUUGAGAAUCAUCCUGGUGCAACCAAUUCUUCUUUUAGUGGGUUGGAGUUCAAAACAUGUAAUUUGAUCGACGAAUGACUUGCAGAUAUGUAGUCUAACUUCUUGGUAGGAUAUCAUUAUGUAAGGGAAUUGCUUUAGGAGUGUUAACAGUCAAAUGGUUUUGCUUUCUUUUACCCGUCCGAAAAAGUAGAAUUUGUUUAAGGAAAUUGUCUCUUUUUAUCUCUGUUAAUGUUCCUUUCUAUAUUGUUACUUCCAGUUUUCCCCUUUCUUUUCUGUGAUUUUUGGAUGCAAACUUGGAAAGAAACAUUAGUAGUAUUGGUUUUUUGCCUACGUUUUGGAGGGACAGUCCGAAGCAUAGUGCUGGUCCUUUAUCUUUGUAACCACAUUUGGACUUCCCAUUGGAUACUUCCAUCUUUGAAGUUUUUUUUUUUUUUUUUU